AUGGCUUCAACUGGCCUUGAACUCCUGGGCAUGACCCUGGCUGUGCUGGGCUGGCUAGGGACCCUUGUCUCCUGCGCCCUGCCCCUAUGGAAAGUGACCGCUUUCAUCGGCAACAGUAUCGUUGUGGCCCAGGUCGUGUGGGAAGGGCUGUGGAUGUCCUGUGUGGUACAGAGCACCGGCCAGAUGCAGUGCAAGGUGUAUGACUCCCUGCUGGCCCUACCCCAGGACCUGCAGGCUGCACGAGCUCUGUGUGUUGUUGCCCUCCUGCUGGCCCUGCUUGGCCUGCUGGUGGCCAUCACGGGCGCCCAGUGCACUACAUGUGUGGAGGAUGAAGGUGCCAAAGCCCGCAUCGUGCUCACUGCAGGGGUCGUCCUCCUCCUUGCUGGCAUCCUGGUGCUCAUCCCAGUCUGCUGGACAGCCCACGCCAUCAUCCAGGACUUCUACAACCCACUGGUGGCCGAGGCCCUCAAGCGGGAGUUAGGGGCCUCCCUUUACCUGGGCUGGGCAGCGGCUGCAUUGCUUAUGCUGGGUGGGGGGCUGCUGUGCUGCACAUGCCCCCCACCCCAGAUCGAGCGGCCCCAUGGACCUAGGCUGGGCUACUCCAUUCCCUCCCGCUCGGGAGCAUCAGGCCUGGACAAGAGGGACUAUGUGUGAGGCUGUGGCUUUCUUCAGGAACCUCCAGUAUAGCCUGUUACCUGUCACUACUGUAACCCUCCUGC